UCUAUAGUAAAACAGUUUUACAUCUUAGAUUAGUUUCAGAAAUCAUAUUCUCCUACUGUUAAGGUAAUCUUUCACCUGCAGUUUUGACCACAAACAGUUUUGUCUGAGCUGCAAAAAGACACCUGGGUAAGCAGUAGGCAAUAAGAACUGUACUUGGCAUACUCAUUCUGUGGGAGCUGUUCAGACUCAUUCACCCCACCCCCCCAUCCUGUGUCACUUUAGUGCUGGAAGGAAAUGAAGACCACAAUGAGGACAAUGAAACAGUUUUAACACCUUUUUUUAUGGGCUCCCCACCUCCCAGAGUUCAGUGUGUCUAAGGAGAUAGCCCAGAUUAUAAUUGCCAUGAAGUGACUUUUGGCAACCCAAGGCUUGUGUGGCACCAAGCUUCUGCACACCUCUGGCUCAACAAUGACGUCCACUCUACAGGAAUUCAUCCACUCACUAAAUCCUAGAACCCUCCCAAGGGUCCUUCAGAUUCAGUCCGGCAUCUAUGUCCAAGGUUCUAUUUAUGAAAUGUUUGGAAAUGAGUGCUCUCUAUCAACGGGUGAAGUGAUCAAAGUGAACAGUUUCAAAAUAAAGAAGAUCAUGGCUAGCAUUUAUAAGGAAAAUGAAGAUAAUCAAUGUUCUCCUAAGUUUGAACUGCCUCUAAAUUUCCCAGGUCUUUUCAAGAUUAUGACUGAUAGAAUUCCAUAUCACACCAUGAGUGACAUAACAAGAGCAGUUUAUAUUGGCCCAAGUCGGCUAAGUCACCCUUGCUUUUACCAUCAGAAGGGUAUAAACUUGGGGAAUCUCAACAUCGACUAUGGUGAACAGAUUAUGCUCAAUUCCAUUGAAGACAUUAAUGGGGAAAUGAUGGUGAACUGUGAAGUGGUCAAAAACAAUAAGCACCAUUCCUUUACCAUGCCUUUGUCACAAGAAGGAGAUUUCUAUGAGUGUGAAGAUGAAUAUAUGUAUACCCUAAAAGAGAUUGCUGAGUGGAAGAUUCCAAAGAGCAGAAAACGGAUUGUGAAAUUUACAGAUAUUUCCAAUAAGUUGAACUCCAUCUAUCCACUACCCAAGAAUUUUGAUGGUUUGCUUAGUCUCACACCCAUCUAUGAAAUACAGGCAGUGAUGAAAUUUCAAAAGGAUAUAGUUCGUAUCCUCUCUGACCUUGAUGUGGAAGUCAAAGACAUAACCGACUGUCAUGAUGCUAAGUGUUUCCUUCAGGUUCUAACCACUGAAGAUCUUUUUGAAAAGACUAGUAAAGAAUUUCCUAUGGCAGCUGAAGUGAUAGAAGGACCUCAAGAAAAUCCAUUGGCCAAUGGCAUAUUGCAACCUGGGAAAACCAUUGUCAUCCACAAAAAAUAUCAGGCAUCAAGGAUCUUAGCCUCAGAGAUUAGAAGUGAUUCUCCCAAAAGGCAUUUCUUGAUUCCAACUAGUUAUAAAGGGAAAUUCAAGAGGAGACCUCGGGAGUUCCCUACUGCCUAUGACCUGGAGAUAGCAAAGAGUGAUAAAGAGCACCUCCAUGUGGUAGCCACAAAAGCCUUUGAUUCUCCUUGUGAAGAGUUAUCAUCUGUGUCUGUGGGGGACCAGUUUUUAGUUCAGCAUUCAAAGACCAGUGAAAUUCUGUGUAAGGGGAUCAAAAAGGAUGUGGGUGUUCUGGCUUGUGAAAAAAUCCUCAAAAAGCACUAUGAGCCUGUUCUUCUACCUCUGUAUAUGGAAGGCAGCUUCAUAGAAGUGAUUCACGACAAGAAGCAGUAUGAACUUUCCAUGUUGUGUGCUCAGUUUCCCUUGCCUUUCAAUGUCAAGGUCUCUGUGAGAGACCUCUCCAUUGAAAAUGACAUUUUGGCUGCCACACCUGGCCUGCAACUGGAGGAAGAGAUCACCGACUCUUACCUGCUCAUCAGUGACCUUGCUAACCCCAGUGAGAGCUGGGAAAUUCCUGUCAGUCGCUUGGGUAUGGCUGUCCAAUUGCUUAGUAGUACAGUUGAUGUCAUUGACUCAUUUCCAGUCCGAAACAUUGUAGAAGAGAUCAGUGAAGAACAGUAUUACAUGAUGAGGAGGUAUGAGAACCCAGCCUUACACCCACCACCUCGGCCCCCCAAAAAGCCUUCUGGGAUGAAAAAGGAACCAAAUUCUCUUACUCCUCCCAAGUUAAAUAUUGCAGAUCCACCAAGGUCUCUGAAGAGUCUCCAUGUAGACACUGCCAAGAACCUGCACUCACCGCAAGCAACGGUCGCUUCAAAAUUACCAGUUAGUUGUCAAAUUGAUUUGACCCUUCCGGAGAUAGAGCAGAAUGUGAUCAGGACAACUGCAUUAGCAGACACCAGCAUGAUGAGAGAAACUAUCCAAAAUGAAUACUACAUGGAAUAAUGAGGAAUAACCGAAACAGCUUAAAAACUGAACAGAAAUAUGAUAUGAAAAAGGUGCCUUGCCUUUGUCUUCUGAGAAUCAUCUAAACUCAAAUCAACUGUUAUCACUAUAGUUCCCAGGAGUAACUUGACUGACAGACAUAGAAUAUUAAAAACUCUGGAGAUAUGUCAACUUUGACCAUAUAACUUUAAAGAGAAAUCUGAGACCAGAAAUUAUUCUCUUCUAGUCUUAAUAAUUUAAUUGUAAUUUAGGGACUAAUUUAUGAAAUUUGCACAUACAUAUCUUCCUUGGGUAUUUUAUUUAUACUACUAUGGGUAUAAUUUUAAAGUAAUUGGGUUAGCCAAUUUUUUAGAACUUCAUAAAAUCAACCUGAAAUGGGACACAAUCAGGCACAAACUCUUCAAAACUCUUCAUUCUAAAUCUCUUAAUCUUCAAAACAUUCCUAUUGCCCUGUCUCCAGUUUUCUUUUUACUUUGGUAAAUGGGGCAAAUAAAGUCUAUAACUUUCAUUAAAACAUGGCUAUUGGUGGAAGAGAUUUGAAAUUUUCAGCAACUCUUUCCAAUUUUUCAAAAAGUAGAAAUGGAUUUGGUUUCAAGUUAACUUUCUUUAAUAAGUCACAAUAAAUUAAAUCUGAGGAUUAUUAGAUAGAAUUUUUCUAGGUCAUAGGCAUUUUCCAGGCUUGUGACCUAGGAUAUAACCUAUUGCAGCUAACCAACCUGGCUACAAUUUAAUCUCUUUUUUACUAAUUAUCUCUAUUACAUUAAAGCCAUCAGACUAGAUAUCCUCUUCAGAUGAGCAUGUUUCAAGUCCAGUAGAAAAUCUAUUCUGUUACCAGUAAGACUUGAUUUUUUAAAAAAAGUCUUUAUAGUUAUCACCAAAGCUAGUUUCUUAUAAGUCACACUGAUCCUCAUUUACAUUUUAUUACAUUUGUGUAGCACUUUAAAAUAAUUUGCAUUAGUGAUUUCAGAUGAUCUUUUUAACAACUACAUUAGACAGAUAUUUUUAUCCCCAUGUUAUAAAUGGGUCAGCUGAGGCACAGAGAAUUUAGUAAGGAGUAAUGAGAAAAGCACUGACCGUUUCUAGCUUUGUGCCUUGCCACUUAGUUUUCUGAUCCUCAGUUUCCUCCUCUUUAAAAUGGGGGUAAUAGCAAUUGCACUACUUUUUGUUUGCUAUGACAUUGAUGCUUUGUUAACCUUAAAGCACUAUAUAAAUGAUACUUAUAAUUGUUAUUACUGUUAAGUUACAUACUUAAUCUCAUACAACUAUUUUGUAGAAGAUCCACAAUUAUAAUUAAGGCUUUCUGACUCCAUCUUCUUCUCCUAAUACUAUAUAAUAACUGCUUGACCAUCAAUCUAUCAUAGUUAUGUAUUGUGUAUGUAAUCAUUCAUAAAUUCAUCAGCAAAGGGGGUUAAAUAUACCUCAAAAUAUGUCUCCAUAAUAAAAAGUAUCCUUCUAAUAAUAUAAUCUAAAUGUAUUUCAUUUUUGUAGUUAUAUUGUAAUUAUUUCCUUCCUCCUUGUCUCUCCUUUUCCCUCUCUCCCUCUUUCCUUCCUUCCUUCUUUAUAUCAUUGCUAAAUCUUGCUAAUGUAGUAUGAUACCAAUGAGAAGUUGAAAUGCAUUUGUAACGUAAUUCAACUUUCUUAGCAGUGUGUAGUCUACAUUUUCUCUCAUACUGACUUUUAUUAAAAAGCAGGCUUGAUACUAGAGGAAUUACAAUUUCAGACAUACAUUUAUAAGAUUAUUUCUUGUUGAAAAUAAAUUUUCUAACUC